AUGUCUGACGUUUUCUUAGCCGAUUCCGGUGCUCCAGUGGUUCUUUUAUCCGCAAAGAAACACUUUGAUGCUCUUCCAACUGAUAAAGAAAAGAAAUAUGCCCAUUUUCUUUCGAGGGCUGCACACCAUGGAACUAGAGCCAUUUUGAGGUCUGUCUCUCCCGAAAGUGAGGAUAUAUACGACUUGAUCUUGGCCAUUCACAAAGCCCUCGACUCUCCAUCUUCCAAUGAUAAGUACAUUGAGCGCUGGGGAGCCAAGCUUAAAGACCAGCUGUUGGAUACGACUGAUGCUGUUACCAAGUACCUUGAAUACGCAUCCCAAUUCUUGUCCAAUGUAGGUAACUACAAGUCAUUUGGAGACAAGAAGUUUGUUCCCAGAAUCCCCGAGUCUCAAUUGGAUACUCUUAUUGCUCAAUUGAACGAUGCAAAGGUCGGCUCGUUGUACGAGAAGAUCAAACAGCCAUUGUAUGACAGUAACGAGAAGAAGGGCUUGUUAGGAUGGCCAGCUCAGGGUCAUAUGUCGGGAUACUAUCCAGGAUCUAACGAGGGUAAGGGCACCGAAAAAACCAUUACAAAGGACGAAGUGGAGUUGGUGAAUGCUGCCUUGGCAACGCAUGGAAUUAUGCCUGAGAACACCAGAGUGGAAAAAGUUGACGAUAAGAAAUUCUUGGUUCACGUUGCCAGCGCUCUCGACGAAAAUACUACGUCGUAUUAUCCCAAGGAACCUAUCACUUAUGAAUCUGCAACAAUCACCUUUUCUUUUGGUGACCAUAAGAACGAGUUCAAGAAAAUCGUCGAGGCUUUGGAAGAAGCAUCAAAGUACGUGGCUAAUGACACUCAAGCCAAGAUGCUCUACUACUACAUUGAAUCGUUCAAGACUGGAUCCAUGAACGCCCACAAGGAAUCUCAAGUUCAAUGGGUGAAGGAUUUAAAGCCAUUGGUGGAAAGCAAUAUAGGAUUCAUCGAAACUUAUCGUGACCCUUCGGGGGUCAGAGGUGAGUGGGAAGGUUUGAUUGCAAUGGUGAACCAGGACAGAACUGCCAAAUUUUCUACUUUGGUUGAAAAUGCCACUACUCUCAUCAAACACCUUCCUUGGGACCCAUUUUUCGAGAAAGAUAAAUUUACACCACCAGAUUUUACUUCUUUGGAAGUUUUGACCUUUGCCGGAUCAGGUGUACCAGCUGGUAUCAAUAUUCCAAACUACGACGAUGUGCGGUUGAACGUUGGUUUUAAGAAUGUGUCGCUCGGUAAUGUUUUGUCUGCCAAUCCAAAGAAACCAAAGAAGGAAGAAGUCAUUACAUUCUUGAGUCCUGAACUUCAGCAAAAGUUCCGUAAGUGGAGGGAUGAAGCGUUUGAAGUACAAGUCGGAUUGCAUGAACUCUUAGGACAUGGUACUGGUAAGUUAUUGCAGGAAACGGCACCCGGAAAGUUCAAUUUUGACCGAAGCAACAAAUUGGCCUCGUCAUAUUACGGCCCAAAUGAUACAUGGGGCUCUUUGUUCGGCACUGUGGCAGGAUCGUUUGAAGAGUGUCGUGCUGAACUUGUGGCUCUCUAUCUUAUUUUGAAAGAGCCAUUCGAAGUUUUCGACAUUUUUGGAAUCAAGGACUCCAAAGAUCAAGAAGAUGUGAUUCUUAUCGCAACCGUACUUAUGUGUCGUGCCGGUUUACUUGGUCUCGAAUUCUGGGACCCUGCUACCAAGAAAUGGGGACAGCCACACAUGCAAGCCAGAUUUGGUAUCUUUAAGAGUUUGCACAAAGCGGGGAUCUGCGAUCUCAAGUACAAGGAGGAGAACUUUGAUGAUUUAGAAAUCGUUUUUGACACUUCCAAAUUAUCCACGACGGCUGUUGACACCUUGGGUGAGUACUUGCGCAACUUGCAUGUUUUCAAGUCUACUGGAAAUGUUAAGGAAGGACAACGGUACUACAACGAACAGACAGAGGUGACGCCAGAGUACAGUAAGUUUAGAGAUGUUGUCCUUGCCAAGAAGCUUCCAAGGAAACAAUUGAUUCAAGCCAACACCGUUCUCACUGAGUCAGGAAGCGUGGAGGUGAAAGAAUACGAAGAAUCCGAAGUGGGACUUAUUCUUAGUUUCGUUGAAAGAGGCGUUUAG